AUGUCAACAAUACUAGAUCAGCAGCAACAACAAUUAAACCUUCCAAUUUGUGUUAAUUGUAGACAACGUAAAAAACAUAUUUUUUAUCAGAUAAAAUUGAAUAAUUUUUUAGCAAUUUUGGAUCCUUUUAUUCUUCGUCUCCAUCCAGAUUUAGAAUUUCAUAUUGGAUGUAUAAAAUGCUCAGAAUGUGGCAUUCCUCUCGAUGAAAGGUCUGGUUCUGCAUUUUUACGUGAUGGAAAAAUUUUUUGUCGAGAAGAUUAUAAUCGGUAUUUUUAUUUUAAAAAUUAA